ACACAUACGCAUAUAUCGUACGCCGAUACGCAUACGCGCCGGUUAGUAAAAUACAUCGUCCGUGUGCGUCUAUCAACAUUGUGUAUGUAAACAAGAAUAAAAGAACGCAGAAACCAUAAUUGCAAUUCGGAGCUAUAAUUCUAGAAUGGUGGGAAAGCCGGCGAUCGGAUUGUUGACGUUUCUGUGUUUUGCGAGAAGUUCUUUUACUCAAAGUUCCAGAGCAAUGAGCAAUUUCACGGGUCUGCAUUCGGUGGCUUAUGUCACGGUGCCAAGAGAGGAUGUGGCGAAAAAACUCGCGCAUGGAAUAGUAACAAAGAAGUUAGCUGCUUGCGUCAACAUUAUUCCGAAAAUUACGUCUGUGUACGAAUGGAAAAGCGAAAUUAACGAAGACAGCGAACUUUUAUUGAUGAUCAAGACAAGAACUGAUACGAUAGAUGCUCUUACCAAGUAUGUUAGAGAAAACCAUCCAUAUGAAGUAUGCGAAGUUAUUUCUUUACCGAUUCAAAAUGGUAAUGAGGCAUAUCUUCGCUGGAUUAGUGAUAUAGUUCCACCAAUUGAUAAGAGAGAAGCAGACGAAAAAAAAAAUUCAUAAUUUUGGACGAACUCUAAUUAUAUUCUAAGAAUGUUUCACAAAGUUUAUGGAAUAUUUCUAUUUUCUUGAAAUUCAAUUUACUUGUGUAUAGUACUGUUAUUUUGUACUUUCAGCAACGUUGCUUGUUCUAAGAGCAACUUUUUUCUGUGAAAUAAAAAAGAUCAUGUAAUGAAAA